AUUUCUUAGAGGUUAGUUGUGGUUAGGAAAUUUCCAGUUGGGGCUAAUUUUGUAUUUCAUUUAUAAACAUUGUAUUUAACUUACAAAUAUGGAAAAUCCUUCUUUAAAACAUCUUACUCGGCCAGAUUUUGGUAAACCUCCUGAAAAUCAAAAUGAGAAAUUACAGAAACUGGGAGAACCUCAUGUUAAAAGUUUCAAUUAUAUGAUCGAAAAAGGACUGUCUGCAGCCAUCAAUGACUUGAAUCCUGUAGAAUUCUUAGUAAACGAGAGAAGAGUGAAGUUGUCCAUAAGUAAUUUUUCAUUUGCGAAACCUGCAGUACCUGUGGGAACUAUUGGCGUAAAACGUUCAAAUAUACUUCCGGCGGAAUGUAGGCAGAGAGCAGCCACUUACAAAGGAAAAUUUUUCGUUGAUAUCGACUGGUACAUAGAUGACCAACAACAGCAGUCAUUCCAGAAAGAUUUGGGAGAUUUACCAGUAAUGAUUAAGUCAGACCGUUGCCAUUUAUCUAAUAUGAAACCGAAAGACCUGGUAGCUGAAGGAGAGCACGAACAAGAAUGGGGUGGAUAUUUUGUAAUAAAAGGCUACGAGAAGUUAGUGAGGAUGUUGCUGAUGACCAGAAGGAAUUAUCCAAUAGCCAUCAGAAGGUCGGGUUGGAAGCAGAGAGGAGAACAGUUUUCGGACUCUGGUGUCUCUAUCAGAUGUGUCAAAGAGGAUCAAACAGCAACGACAAAUGUAUUACACUACUUAACAGAUGAUUCUUUCAAAUUGAUGUUCAGCUACCAGAAAAAUUUGUAUUAUAUACCUUUGUGCUUGAUACUGAAGUGUUUAUUUUCCGAUGUCGACAGCUACAUUUACAGAAAACUGAUUCAAGGUUAUGAAGAUGACACUCGCUACACUGAUAUUGUCAAGGACAUGUUACAUGCACUUCACGCUGAAAAUCUGCACACAACCGAAGAUUGUAGAACGCACUUGGGGAAAAUAUUUCGAGUGAAAUUCAACGACUGUCCUGAAUGGAGCACAGACAUUGAAAUAGCCAACUCCAUAAUAAAGAAAUGUAUUUUGAUACACCUCAACAGCAACAAGGAAAAAUUUGAUUUGCUGGUCUUUAUGACUCAGAAGCUGUUUGCUUUUUCAAAGGACAAGUGCAAAGUGGAGGGCGCGGAUGCAGUUAUGAUGCAGGAGUUACUUCUUGGCGGUCAUCUGUACCUUCAACUGGUCAAAGAAAAACUUGCCUCUUGGCUCGUUGGUCUUAAAAUGAGCGUCUUGAAGUGCUCCAAAUCAGCCAGCUUUACUUUCAGUUUGAACGAUAUGAUGAAAGCUUCACGCAGCAGUGGAGGGAUACAAACGCAUCUGGAAAUGUUCCUAGCCACAGGAAACAUUACCAGCUUAUCAGGUCUCGGCUUAAUGCAAGACAAGGGAUUAGUCAUUAUGGCGGAAAAUAUCAAUCGCAUGCGAUACAUGUCGCACUUUCGGGCCGUCCACAGAGGUGCUUUCUUCCAGGAAAUGAGAACUACGGAAGCGAGACAACUCCUUCCUGAUGCUUGGGGUUUCAUAUGCCCGGUACAUACCCCAGAUGGUGCGCCAUGUGGCUUGUUGAACCAUCUUACAAAUGAUUGCAUCGUUACUGAUGUUCCUGAUGAAGAAAAAGUCAAGAAUAUCCCUCCGCUUCUAACUAGUCUUGGGAUGGUACCCUUGAAUUACGCUGAGGAAAUUCUAGAUUUCAAAACCAGUAUCGCAGUUCAGUUGGACGGCAGGAUGCUAGGUUAUGUUGCCAGCAGGGAAGCAGCUGCAGUUGCAAAUAAGCUACGUUCAUACAAAAUUGAAGGGGUAAAAGUUCCUGAAACUUUGGAGAUUGCUUUGGUACCUUUGAAGAAGUCCGUCUCGCAGUAUCCGGGAUUGUUUCUGUUUACUGGACCGGCACGAAUGAUGAGACCCUUAUUAAAUUUGUUUGAGGGCAAGACGGAACUAAUUGGAACUUUUGAGCAGGUUUAUUUGGAUGUUUGUAUGAGGCCCGAAGAAUUCUAUGGAGGAAAUGUUACAACCCAUAUGGAACUUUCGAUGACAGGGUUCCUUUCGAACUUAGCCAAGCUCAUCCCCAUGCCAGACUGCAACCAAUCUCCGCGUAACAUGUACCAGUGUCAGAUGGGAAAACAAACAAUGGGGACUGCUUGUCACAAUUGGGAUAGCCAAUCCGAAACCAAACUAUAUCGCUUACAGACACCUGCUUCUCCUUUAUUCAGACCAGCUCACUACGACGAUAUGUUGAUGGAUGACUAUGCUAUGGGUACUAAUGCGAUAGUUGCUGUUGUCAGUUACACGGGUUAUGACAUGGAAGACGCCAUGAUAAUAAAUAAAUUUUCAGAAGAACGUGGGCUGGCUCAUGGUUCGAUAUAUAAAUCCGAGUUCAUCGAUCUUGAACGUCCAGCAUCAUACUUUGCCAUCGAUCCUGAACAAAAGAACCUUCUUCAGUUUCUCGAUUCUGAUGGAUUGCCAUACAUCGGCAGAAAAAUGAUGGAAAACGAACCGCAUUACUGUUAUUUCGAUUCGGAUAGGUCGAUAUUUGUGGUGAAACUUUUCAAAGGAAAAGAAGUAUGUUACGUGAAUACCGUGAAGAUGUGCGGAAAUCUGGAUUCGAAGGCAUCUCCCAAAGUGGCUUGUAUAACCUACAGGAUACCAAGGAACCCAAGUGUCGGUGACAAAUUUGCAAGUAGGGCUGGACAAAAGGGUAUUUGUUCUCAAAAGUUGGCUGCAGAGGAUUUACCUUUCACAGAAACUGGAAUGAUCCCAGAUAUCGUAUUCAACCCGCAUGGAUUUCCGUCCCGUAUGACAAUUGCUAUGAUGAUAGAAAUCAUGGCUGGCAAAUCGGCUGCUUGUCACGGAGUCGUUCACGACGCUACGCCUUUCAAGUUCACAGAAGAAGAAACUGCCAUCGAUUAUUUCGGAAAACUGUUGGAAAAGGCUGGUUAUAAUUACAAUGGCACAGAAACACUUUACUCCGGAGUUGACGGCAGAGAAAUGUCUGCAGACAUUUUCUUUGGAGUUGUUCACUACCAGCGGUUGAGGCAUAUGGUGUCUGACAAGUGGCAGGUGAGGUCUACAGGUCCUAUUAACACUUUGACAAGACAGCCAUUGCAAGGUCGAAAAAGAGGAGGGGGUACUCGGUUCGGAGAGAUGGAGCGUGAUUCCCUCAUUAGUCAUGGAGCAUCAUUUCUGUUGCAAGAUCGGCUACUCCAUUGUUCAGAUGCAACCACAGUGUUCAUUUGUACAUCUUGUUCAACACUCCAUGGACCAAUCACGGAAGUUGUUAGAAUGGCAGAUAAACGUCAUCAGUCUGAUACUCGCGAAACCUGUCUGCUCUGUGGGCAUGGGCAGAACAUCUCUGAAAUAGUGAUACCUUAUAUAUUUAAAUUUUUUACCACAGAAGUGGCUACGGUUAUGAUAAGGAUGUGGUUGCAGUGCAACAAGGUGUAGCUUUCUACUGUUUUGUAAGAUUGACUUGAGUAAAUGUUUUUAUUUUCA